CAUGUGAGAGGAAGAAAACAAGGAAGUUACAGUUCCUGGCGCCAGAUCGCAGAGCACUCGCGCCACUUCGCUCUUCCUCGAAUUUGAUUGGGGCUUUUGCAAACCCCUUGAUUAUCCCCAUUUUUCAUUUCAUAAACCCUAACAAUUGAAUUCAGAGGCGAAAAGGGAAGAGUUAAGACUCAAGAGUAAACGAAGAUAUCGACGGCGACGCAAAAGAUGCUCGGAGAUGGCGAGGAAACUCCUUCAAGGUCUGAAUUGCUGAGUAUGGUGAAGAGAAACUCAAAGUUAUUAGGUAAAACUGUACUUGAUGAGGAAAACAGUUCAGAUGUUGAAAGGGAUCCGCGGUUCUGGCAUGACGUGCUGGAUUUGUAUUUUUUUCGUGGUAAGGAAUCCAGGAGGCGACAAGACGACGAUCUUGUAUUUCUAGUCAGAAAGUUGGGCUCUCAAGGAUAUGGUUCCAAUGAUGAUAAGGAAGAUGUUUCUCCUUACUUUGUACGCAGGUGGGCACCUAAGUUGGAUAAUGUAGUCGGCGAAAUUUCAGUUGACGUGGAUUGGAGGCGCUCAUUUUACUUGAACUUGAUUGCUCACACUUCGUUUACUGUUACAGUGGCUAUUUGCAGUCACCAGGAACUUCUUAAUCAUCAAGCUGCCAGAGAUACGCCAUUAUCUCCUAUAUAUAAGGUUGUAAAGACUGUUUAUGCAUCCCCAACCCGUGUUAAUUUUCAAUUGGAUUCAAAGAAGGAAGCGGAGACAAAACCUGCCUAUCCAGACAUUUGUUUUUCAGUUGACGAUUUUGACUCCACUUUUGAUGCUGUGGUGCUGACAGAAACAGACCAUUGCUACUGCGUACUUCUGAACGCAGAUGGUGGUGCAGCAUUUCCUGUUGACAACAAGCAACACGAUUCCAGUUCUACUGAUAGCUCCUCUAGGAGGACGGACACUAGUAAUGCAAAUACUAAAAACACCAAGCUUACCCUGUUCUCGGGAUUUGUUAGUUAUCAAAUGGUUCGAGAUGCCUACGAUGCUGACAGGUCUCGGUUUGGAAGCCUUCUUGCAUUUCGUAAUUCCCCUGGCAAAACAGAUAGACUUUACAUGAAAGGUCCUGGAGGUCGUGGGGAAGUUGACGUAGCAGUUUCUGGUGUUGCAGAUCAAAGUCAUCAAGACCCUGGUCCCUUUUCACCUGUCGUAUCAAAACGGGGAUUUGGGAUAGGCUCAAUUGUUCGCAAAGCAGCAGCUGUUGCCACUGUGGCAGCAAAGCAUGCAUAUGCAGCAGCUGCUGCCAGCUCAAGUCUUGAUGAGGAGAUGGUUCCUCUUAAGUGCUGCUUAAUGUCUAUAUCAUUACCUUGGGAAUACAUCGCUAAUGAUCUUUUGUUCAAGGGAAGUCCUCCAGUGAACUUGUAAGCAUCUUGUAUUUUCAUUGGUUGAAAAUCAGACAUAAGCAUCUUGUGUUUCCAUUGGUUGAAAAUCAGACAACACCACGUGGCAGAGAAAGCGUGGGAUUAGAGUAUUAGAGAUGUGGGGUCAGUCACCACUUACAAUGUCAUAUACGAGACUUCAAUUCUGGUCUCAUUUUGAAAGUCUGUCUCUCAAUCUCCUUCUGCAUUUGGGUUUAUUGUGUUAAACGUUUUCAUCGAGUUGAAAUUUUUGUCAGUUUACCUAGCCCGAUGAUGCAGACAGAUAAUCUACGGGUUUGUGAAAAUAUGUUGCAAGACCGUUCCAAAAAAAAAAAAAAAAAUGUUGCAAGACAUUGGGUA